AGUUUCUCACUUUUAAUCAGUCUGUCUCUGGUUGUCGAGCUGAUCUUUAGAACUGCACAAUACAAUAUGACAAUGCUGGGGUUUGUGAUGCUAUUAUGCAUCCUGGGAGCCCCCAUGGAUCUGAGAACUGCUGCCCUAGCUGCAGACUUUUGCAACAAGCACACAGAUGUGGUGUUCAUCAUCGACAGUUCUCGAAGCGUCCGGCCCGCUGAGUUUGAGCAGGUCAAGGACUUCAUGACCAAAGUCAUUGAUGGUUUAAACGUCGGGCCUAACGCUACUCGUGUGGGCGUUCUGAAUUAUGCCAGUAGGGUGAACAACGAAGUCUCCCUCAAGUCUCACACAACCAAGGCUGGAUUGGUCAAGGCCAUAUCCAAGAUUAAACCACUAUCCACUGGUACCAUGACAGGCCUUGCCAUUCAGUUUGCCAUGAAUGUGGCCUUUAGUGAAGCAGAAGGGGCACGCAAAUCGCCUGACAUCAACAAGGCGGCCAUUAUUGUGACUGAUGCCCGUCCACAGGACAAUGUGCGUGAUAUCGCAGCAAAGGCACGGGAGGCUGGCAUUGAGAUCUUUGCCAUCGGGGUGGGCCGUGUGGACAUGGAGCCUCUCAGAGACAUGGCCAGCGAACCUCUUGAUGAUCAUGUAGAUUAUGUGAAGAAUUACAGCCUCAUAGAGAAGCUCACCAAGAAGUUCCAAGUAGCCAUCUGUAGGAAGGACUUAUGCGUGUCACGCGAUCAUGACUGUGAGCAAAUUUGCAUCAGCACACCUGGAUCUUUCAAGUGCGCAUGCAGAGAGGGCCACACGUUAAUGAACGAUGGCAAAUCAUGCAGUGCUUGCAGUAAUGCAGCCUUAGAUGUGGUCUUCUUGAUCGAUAGCUCUAAAAGUAUAAGCCCAAAAAACUUUGAGCUGGUGAAGAAAUGGAUAAACCAGAUUAUAGACAAGCUGGAUGUGUCGGAGAACAAUGCUCAUGUCGGACUAGUGCAGUAUUCCAGCUCUGUGAAGCAGGAAUUCCCUCUGGGACGCUACAACAACAAAAAGGACCUAAAAGAUGCUGUGAAAAAAAUUCACCCAAUGGAAAAAGGAACCAUGAUUGGCCUAGCCCUAAAUUAUCUGGUGAACAGUAGCUUUACUCCUAGCCAUGGUGCCAGACCUGGAGUGACAAAGGUUGGUAUUGUCUUCACGGAUGGAAGGUCACAAGACGAAAUUAAAGAGGCAGCCAGGAAAGCCAAGGAGAAUGGUAUUAUGUAUGCUGUUGGUGUUGGUGACGCUCUUAAGGACGAGCUGAAGCAGAUUGCCUCUGAACCUGUCGCUGACCAUUCCUUCUACACGGCUGACUUCAAAACCAUGAACCAAAUCGCCAAGAAGCUGCAAAUCAAUGUUUGUGAUCCCUGUGAUUGUAACUCCAUUGUCAAAUUCCAGAAAAAGGUGGAGGAGGCACUACAGGUGUUAACAAAGAAAUUGGAAGCCGUAACAAAAAAAAUGGCUGCCCUGGAGAAUCAAAUAUCAUUUGAGACGCCGCCAAGAUCAAAUUCUAAUGAAUCUGUGUACAUUCUCCAUGUGAUAAUAAGGUGUUUCUAUGCCCUGAAGGCAAAAAGAGCUUCUGGCAUUCAUGUUGACACUGGAAAUACUGUGACAGUAAGUGCAUUUAUAGCAGAGUUUGUGUGGUGUCACAUGAUACAGGAUGUCUGUCUCUGGUUGUCGAACUGGCCAUUAGGACUCACGCUACAUUACAGUAUGGCAUUGCUGGGGUUUGUGAUGCUAUUAUGCAUCCUGGGAGCUCAAGCCACCGUGGAUCUGAGAACUGCUGCCGCUAUGGCUGCAGGCUUGUGCAACACUAAGCCCACAGAUGUGGUGUUCAUCAUCGACAGUUCUCGAAGCGUCCGGCCCGCUGAGUUUGAGCAGGUCAAGGUCUUCAUGGCCAAAGUCAUUGAUGGUUUGAACGUCGGGCUUGACGCUACUCGUGUGGGAGUUGUGAAUUAUGCCAGUAGGGUGAAGAACGAAGUCUCUCUGAAGGCCCACAAAACCAAGGCUGCAUUGGUCAAGGCCGUAUCCAAGAUUGAACCACUGUCCACUGGUACCAUGACAGGCCUUGCCAUUCAGUUCGCAAUGAAUGUGGCAUUUAGUGAAGCAGAAGGUGCACGCAAAUCCCCUGGCAUCAGCAAGGUGGCCAUCAUUGUGACCGACGGCCGUCCACAGGACAAUGUACGUGACAUUGCAGCGAAGGCAAAGGAGGCUGGCAUUGAGACCUUUGCCAUUGGGGUGGGCCGUGUGGACAUGAACACUCUCAGGCAGAUGGCCAGCGAACCUCUUGAUGAUCACGUAGAUUACGUGGAGAGUUACAGCCUCAUAGAGAAGCUCACCAAGAAGUUCCAAGAGGCCUUCUGUGCGGUUGUCUCGGACCUAUGCGCGACAGGCGAUCAUGACUGUGAGCAAAUUUGCGUCAGCACACCUGGAUCUUUCAAGUGCGCAUGCAGAGAGGGCCACACGCUAAUGGACGACGGCCGAUCAUGCAGUGCUUGCAGUAAUGCAGCCUUAGAUGUGGUCUUCUUGAUCGAUGGCUCUAAAAGUGUGAGACCAGAAAACUUUGAGCUGGUGAAGAAAUGGAUCAACCAGAUUAUAGACAAGCUGGAUGUGUCGGAGAACAAUGCUCAUGUCGGACUGGUGCAGUAUUCCAGCUCUGUGAGGCAGGAAUUCCCUCUGGGACGCUUCAACAACAAAAAGGACCUAAAAGAUGCUGUGAAAAAAAUGGACUACAUGGAAAGAGGAACCAUGACUGGCCUAGCCCUAAGUUUUCUGUCAGAGAAUAGCUUCACUCCAGGCCAGGGCGCCAGACCUGGAGUGGCAAAGGUUGGUAUUGUCUUCACGGAUGGAAGGUCACAAGACUACAUUGGAGACGCAGCCAGGAAAGCCAAGGAGAGCGGCUUUAAGAUGUAUGCUGUUGGUGUUGGUAACGCUGUUGAGGACGAGCUGAAGGAGAUUGCCUCUGAACCUGUCGCUGACCAUUACUUCUACACGGCUGACUUCAAAACCAUGAACCAAAUCGCCAAGAAGCUGCAAAUCAAUGUUUGUGUAGAGGAAGAUCCCUGUGAAUGUAACUCCGUUGUCAAAUUCCAGAAAAAAGUGGAGGAGCUUCUACAGGUGUUAACAAAGAAAUUGGAAUCCGUAACAAAAAGGAUCGCUGCCCUGGAGAAGAAGAUUGUUUGAGACGCCACCAAGAUCGAAUUCUUACACUGCCACCCAUUUCUUUCAUUGAAAAAUAAAACUCUGAGCCUCCUGUGACCUCUGACCCAAUGCUUUACUUUCUCUCCUAAAAUGUCUUCAUCACUAUUGUCCAUUGGGAUGGAACAAUAAUCGUCCUGGCAAUGGUUUAUCUGUCUACGCUUGUUUUGAAUUACGGCCAACUCAAAAAGAACAGUGUUGUCAAACAGUCAUCCACAUAGUAAGACCCCAUAAAGGUUAGCAAGAGUUCCCACAGCAAGCCAUUGUGGAAUCUGUAUGCUUCAGUCCUAUUGUGAGGUAUGGGACUAAGGCUAUUCGCAUACAACAUACACAAAAAAAGUAUUUCUUAUUGGUAAGUGGUGUGUAUAUUAAAUCUAGGUGAGGUUUCACUUUGUCUGUGCUUUUUUGGACCUCUUUUUCCUCAUUUCAGCGUUCUUGCCCCCCCAUAAAGGUAUCCUUUGUUUUAUAUGAAAUAUUUAUAAAGGUAAUUUAAUAUAAAAAUAAGAAUGGACUUGAACUACAUGUGUGAAUGCUUGUUUAUUGUAAAAAUAAAACUGUUAAGUAACUAAGCAUGCACACAUACAGACACAACACACACACGACACGAGCAAACAUUCACUCCCUCAGUGUUAUAAUAACUGUCUGUGUUGAUGCAAUAAAAUCCCAAGUGUGUCUGUGUCUUUGUUGUGUCCUUGUUUUUGUCUGUUAAACAGCUGUGCUGUUA